UCCCUACCCCCCCAAAAUUAUAUCAUGAUAUAGGGAUUUGUGGUCGUCGAUGCUUGCAAAAGAAAAGAAAACAGUAAAAAUGGGGUUUGAGUUAUGGAAGAACUCUACAGAAUUCGCGCAGCUUAUUGUGCUAACAAUAUUUACACCCAUUGGCAUCGGGCUAACGGUGUUACGUUUUGUUGCGGCCUAUCGUGGCAUGCGUAAACCAGGUCUUGAGGACUGGAUGGCCGUGCUGGCUGCCUUGUUCUUCAUGCUAACCAAUCUUGGAGCUCUGAUAGCAAUUAGCAUUCUCAAUGGGCGCCAAAUUGCCGAGGAAGUUGCUCAAAGUCCACUGGACUAUGAGCAUAUGCGCAAGUGGGAUAUUGCCGCCCUUUACUUCUACUUUGCGCACACGCUCUCCGUGAAGCUUAGCGUCCUCGCUCUCUAUUACCGGAUCUUUAGUGUAAACCGCCCCUAUAGGAUCUGGAUCUACUUGUUGGGAGCGGCACAAACGGUUCUAUUCAUCAUCUUUUGCAUCUUCCAGGCCCUACAAUGCAGACCGUUUAACAGAUAUUUUGACCUCUCGAUACCGGGGACUUGCACGGACGAAGGAACGGUGAUAAUCGGUGGCGAGACGCCAAACUCGCUCAUCGAUUUUGCUAUGGUUAUUCUUGCCAUGUUCAUGAUCCGGCCUCUUCAGCUCUCAUCUGCUAUGAAAUGGAGGCUCAGGGUUCUUUUUGGCCUUGGCGCCCUUGUUGGAAUAAUAGGCUUCAUCAAAAUCGCUAUUACUUACUCCCCGAGCAACCUCUACGCUUUCAGUAUGGUCUCCAUCUGGACCUGUGUUCAGAUGUUCGUCUCUUUGCUCUGCUGCUGCCUACCCGUGCUCCAUCCCAUCCUGCCGACCGCCGCGUUUUGGAGCCGGUUCUCCUCGCAUAUGGUCAGCUAUAUGACGUUUAGGCGGGCUUCGGGAGCACGAACGACAACACAGUCAGCAAAAGAGUCAAGCAAUGGUAAAGGGUUCCAUAGGACAAGAGAGCCCCGCCUGGCCGCCUGGGAGUAUCUGGAGGACAACAGUGCCCGGGGCCUCUCUUGGCCUGAGGCGACACACCAGACAGAUACUUAUGCCCUACGCGAACACAAUUUGCGAGGGGCACAUUCGGAAUCACACAGCAUACUGGUGGAAAGGCGAUUCGAUGUUGUCUAAUUGGAGGGUUGGCUACUGUACGGAGGGAUUGGGGGCCGUGUUGGAAGGAUUGGGGGUUGUAUUGGAAGGAUUGGGG